GGUGAGAUUUUUGAAGAAAUGCAUUCAAAAAAUAAGUUUAUUAAUGAGCUUCUUUGCUUCAAUGAAAUUUUCUUUGCUUUCCGUAUUUGCUUUAUUAUGUUUAAUGUUAGUUGUUAGUAAUGCUUCGAUGCCUAAUGAUAACUAUCUGCGGUCCAAAGUACCAAACACUCCAAUGCCUCGAAAAUUUGGAAAUCGUCAACAGCCUGCUGUAGAAAUCAGGGGUCAGGAUGCGUUUUGGGAUAUGGGAUUUGAAGAGAGGAAGAUAGAAUAUGGCAGUGAUGGUGAACAAGAAAAGUCACUUCUUAAUGAUUUUCAGCCGAAACCUAACCUAUUUCCUUAUUUUGGUUAUCAUAAUAGCCGUAAUGAUGAACAAGAAAAGGCACUUCUUAACGAUUUUCAGCCGAAACCUAACCUAUUUCCUUAUAUUGGUUAUCAUAAUGGCCGUAAUGAUGAACAAGAAAAGGCACUUCUUAACGAUUUUCAGCCGAAACCUAACCUAUUUCCUUAUUUUGGUUAUCAUAAUGGCCGUAAUGAUGAACAAGAAAAGGCACUUCUUAACGAUUUUCAGCCGAAACCUAACCUAUUUCCUUAUUUUGGUUAUCAUAAUGGCCGUAAUGAUGAACAAGAAAAGCCACUUCUUAACGAUUUUCAGCCGAAACCUAACCUAUUUCCUUAUUUUGGUUAUCAUAAUGGCCGUAAUGAUGAACAAGAAAAGGCACUUCUUAAUGAUUUUCAGCCGAAACCUAACCUAUUUCCUUAUUUUGGUUAUCAUAAUGGCCGUAAUGAUGAACAAGAAAAGGCACUUCUUAAUGAUUUUCAGCCGAAACCUAACAUAUUUCCUUAUUUUGGUUAUCGUAAUGGCCGUAAUGAUGAACAAGAAAAGUCAUUUCGAAGCGAUGGAAUGGAUGGUAAUUCUCCAUUUAUUGUUUUUUUUAGAAGGAAUGAUCUAAAGGUAAAUAAUAAACUACCCAUUAGUCUUCCACCUUUAAAUAACGACCAUUCAGCCAAAGAUCCUCCAUUGUUGCCUAGAGAGCAAGCUGAAUCCUAUCCAUUCUCAUCCCACAAAUUUCCACACAUUCUUCGUCUCUUUUCCAUCUCGCCUCACUCUCCUCAAGCAAAAGCAAUGGAAGAAGCAAUCACACUUUGCGAGGGAAAAUCGCUGACGGGGGAAACCAAGCUUUGCGCUACUUCUUAUGAGGCCAUGCUCGAUUUUGUCGGUAGCACUUUCGGACUAGACACCAAGAGAUUCAAGGCUAUUACAUCUUCUCAUUUGACGAGAUCCAAGAACAAAGUGCAGAAUUAUACAGUAGUUCAAGAACCUCAAGAGAUCUUAGCUCCGAAGCUAGUAGGAUGCCAUCCCAUGUCUUAUCCUUAUACAAUCUUUUAUUGCCAUAGCGCAACGAACACCAAGGGCUUUAAGGUUUCACUGGUUGGGGAUAAUGGAGACAUGAUUGAGGCUAUUGCGGUGUGCCACUUUGAUACUUCCGAAUGGAGUCGUGAUCAUCCUGCUUUUCGCGAGCUUGGUGCUGAGCCUGGCUCGACCGAUGUCUGCCAUUUCUUUCCAGCUGAUCAUAUGGUCUGGUUUCCAUCAGAUGCCUAAGAUUGGAUCUUGAGAAAAAGUUCUCCAUGUGAUCUCUAUCGUUUUCUUAACUCAGCUUGUGUGUUUUUCUACUGUAACUUUUGUUUAUGUAAUAAAUAAACUUGUGCUCUAGUUAUGUUCUUGUAUGUGCUAAAUGAAAUAAAGGAUGUUUAUUAUCUUA